UGAUAAUUUCUGCUCUGUUUGAAUAACAAUUCAAGACCACAGGAUGUGUAAUAGUACUGAUAAAAUUUUUUUCUAGGUUGAGAAUGGUGAUGCCACAUCAUGUACUCUGGAUUAUAUGUCUGGAAAAGAGUGUGCAUCUUCUGAGUGGCCGAUUUAUGCAUACAAUGCUCAGCUUCCUCCAUUCAAACUGACAGUGUACAGACAUCACACUUGGAUGACAGCCCCAGCUCUGUCACUGAAUCUUUCCCUUGCCACUGAUGUUCCCACUGGUGUGAAAUUUUUCUUUGAACAUCAAAGUGAUCCAAAGAGGAGAUUAUGCAGAAAAUUCACCAUUGAGAAUAGUGAUGGUUACUUUAUGGAAGAGUAUGAUGACGAAUUUUAUGGACAAUCAGAAAAUUUGCCCAAGAAAGCUAUGACCUCCCAGCUACCCAAGUCUACUAAUCCUGAUACAAGUUCUGAAAAAGCUUCCAAACAGGAAUUAGUUGCAAAUGAAGAAUUGACUUCAAAAAAUAUUGUUUAUAAAAUGUCAGAAAACAAUAAAAAUCCUUCCAAUUUAAGCUCAACAAAAAACAUCAGCAAUAACUCCACAGAUGAUUUUGAAAUGAAUGAAUCAAUAAUAAACAUGCCUAGUGCUAACAGAAGCAUUAUCAUAUUAGAUAGUCCUGAAGUUUCUGAUUCCCAGCGCAGAAAAAGACAUGAGGAAUUUCACAAUUUAUCAGAGCCAGUAUACUCUCAGAGGCAAACACUCCUGCAACAACAGUCUUUCUUUGGUAGUGUAACCCCAAACACAUCGUCAUUAAGACACACCCGGACAAAACGCAGGGCAUUGCCCCUGCCACCUGUACUCUUUUGGGACUGCCCAAUGUUUUCUCAUGGGUUAGAAGGUCAAGAUUUCUUCCUGCGACUUUCUGACGAUGCUGGCUGGGGUGCCCACCUCAGCUUCACUGUGCCGCAAAUUGACCGUCAUGAUUUUGUCUCGACUGAAUUAUCACAAUGGUGGGUGUUCCACUACGUGCAUCUGGAGCAUGUGACUCUAGAAUCCUCUAUCCCAGUGACAAUUCAGCCUGCCCCUUUUGCCAACCUCAUGUACAAUGUGAGCCUAAGAAGCGUGUGCUGCGUGGAGGACGAAGCUUCCGAUGACAACCCUGCUAAUGAAAGCUCUGUUGUUGAUCAUAAGAAAAGAUCCUUUGAAGCCACUAGGAAAUCUGGAGAAACCAGUAAAGAUGGCUGCGAGCUGUGCGGUGUUGCUCUGGCUUCAAUCAUUCUCACCGGCAUCGAUGAAUGGGAUGCAGCGUCGCCCUCACCACGGCUGCUGCUGAGCACCUCGCUGCCCUACACGGACGAGGUCGGUCAGUACGCCGUCACCGUGCAGAUCUUGUCGCCUCUCUGCUCGUCCCAUGGCUGCUUCGUCGCCGUCUCGCCUAUAUUUUCUGUGGCGGGCGCGGCGUACGGCGGGUGGGUGGUGGUAGCGGCGGUCACGUUACUCGUGCUCUUCCUGCUCUCCUUCGUCGUCAUGGCGCUCGUCAUCCGUGCACAAGCUGAGGUGGUGAGUAAGAAGCUAUGGUGUCGACCUCGCGUGCUGCUUGUGUGCUGCCCCCACUCACCGUCAUCACUCUCCCUCAUCACCACCAUCAGCUCCUUCCUACACCACAGCGCUGCCAUCACCACCACCACCAUACACACUCACCUCGCAGAUGCCGACCCGUACUUGUGGAUGCAGUACGAAAUGCGCACCGCCAACAAAGUCCUUUUCUUGGUACCCCCCAAAGGGCAGACGGUGGCGGUAAGUUCCCCAGUGGCACAGCAGUGGCGCCUGGGCGUCCUUUGCUACGCCUCCACGUACGGCGCCCUCGCCCCUAGCGACGUCCAGGCGUCUGCAGGAGACGCUCGUAGUCGCGUGUGCUGCUGCUGCUCCAGGGCGGCUGCUCCAGGCCAGCGGGACAAGGAUAAAUUUGCUCUCGUCACCCUCGACUGCAGUGGUCCAGUGCCUGCUGAGAUAUCUCACUUGCAGCGGUUCUAUCUGUUGGAUGACAUCGUAUCCCUGGUGACUUGGCUACACGACGGCACCUUCCUGGACCACUGGUUCCUGUGGCGGCCUCUGAUGCGGCGCUCUGCGGCGGGUUCUCCUCCCUCAGGCACUCCCUGCCGACGACGGCGCAAGAAGAGCAGCCUCAUCUGGACCUGCCGGAGAGACAGAGACGCGCCCGACAUGAACGCAAGGGACAAGACUGAAAGCGACGUGGAGGAUGGACAAGGUUCUUGCCUUGAUAAUGGACAAGCUGACCCUAACGGUUUGCCUGGCGAAGAGGGGAAAGUUGGAAAGCAAAGGAAUGAAGUUCGUACACCAGAAUUGCCAAUGGCGGUAUCAAAUGUUGGAUUGAGCAAUAAUAGAAGUCAUUCUGCCGCACCCAGGAGUCAAUCAAUGGACUCAACAAGCUUGAAUUCCUCACUCUGUUUGCGCAUAGAAGAAUCAGCCUGCGGUGACGCAAGUCAGGAGCAGUCGUUGGUUAACCCCAACACUUGUCAACAGGAGAGACCUGAUUGGGUCGACGAAGUUCUCAACAGCACCGAAACGGGUGGCAAUGGCAGUGAUAAGAGAGCUAAUUUGCCUGUAACGCAGUAUCAUAGCUCUCCUUCUCUAUUGCAGUUGAAGGAAGCUGCAGCACAAGUCGAGAUUGAGCGAAAUAAAGUUUUGAAGGAUAAAAGAAACUAUGUCCAUGCAUCACAAGGUACUAUACCGUCAAAUUCUCGUGUAAGUUGGUUCAGACGCUUAUUCUUCAAGAACAAGAGCAAGCAGCAGGCAAGAAAGCCUAUCCUAGAAGAUACUGAAGAAUUGAGUCUUUACGACAACUCGAUGGUUUCAAAUUCUGGGGUCGGCAAAGUCCGAGAGGAGAUGCAGCGGUGGAAUGAAGGCAGGGAACGCCCGCAUUGCUUGUCUGACUCUAAUGGUAUUUCAGAUUCCGUUUCUCCUUCAAAGGUGAGCGCAAACACACUUUGUGGCCUCAGCAACGAAGAAACUUUCUCAGCCAGCGGCUACGACCACGGCCGCGGUGAUCCCACGAACACUGGCAGCUUUGAUGGCAUGCCCAGCGUGUCAGAGCUGCCUUUGUUGGGAGAAGAUAUCGUCGCGUCCCCCAGCCCUGAAGCUUCAUCAUAUCCCAUCGAGAAGGAUGAUGAUGACUUCACUGCCAUGCUCUUCGGGGGCACUGUGGUUUCUGAGUAGCGUGGGCUCUCUAUGUUUUUAUUAUCGCUUCCUGUCGACCUUAGGUGUUAGACGUUGAUGUCAAAAUUUAUCAUAAGAUUUAAAUUAGCUAGGUGGUCAGAACAGCGGACUUAGCGUAGGAAACUUUUUGUUCAUAAAGUAUCAAAUUUUUAAAGUAAAAAAGUAAAAUUUUUCAAAUUUUACUGCGGUUGGGCUUGCUUCACUCAAAUAACAUUCUCGUUGAAUGCAUUAGUGAGGAAAUUAGAUCCGAUUUUUUCCCAAUCAAAUGGCAAGCGAGUUAGAAUGCGGGGAUCGAUGCCCUUGCAUGGUGCUGCUGUGUCAUUCUGAUUAUUCCUAUGUCUAAUUCUUGUGGAAUUUUACCGUGAUUUUAUUGGUAAUGGAUUUAGAAGAAGACUUUUUUAAAGCACAAUUCAUCAUCUGAAAUUUGACAAUAACUUCUGUUAACAAUAUUGCAUACGCUGCAGGAAUUGAGUACUUGUUAAACUCGAGUGUAAAUUUUUUGUGAAUAACGUCACCUGGAGUCGAUGUUUUACUUUUAAUUCAAUUGAGAAUUGGUACAAGAUAAGAAUUACUGGCUUCCUUUAUAAUACAUGCUAUCUCUAGUCAAGACUUUGUAAUGCUCACACCUGUUAAAAUUGUCACUGUUAGUUUAAGAAUAUGUGUUUUAUAUCUAUUUAGUCGUAAGGCUAGGUUUUCCUUUAUUUCUACACAAGAUUAGUCGUGAAUGUUUAACACUAAACAUUUGAGCUAUUAAUCGGUACUUGUGCUGCUUGUUGAAAAUGGUAUCCAAAUGUUAUGGUUUCUAGUACUCGCUUUGAUGAUGUUGUCGUGUUCUCGUAUGAAAGUAGUUGUCUUGGUGUCUCUUAUAGCUGGUUUAGGUUUGAUUGUUUAGAGAAGGCCUGGGCACAGCUAACAACGGACUUAGCCAAAACCUUGUUAGGUUCUUAUUGCCUGACAAGAUUAUGAGCUUGAUCUUCGAGAUUGUGAUCUUGAGAAUGGUAAAACAACCCAGCGCAGGAUAAUAAAAUAUCUUAGUUAAAUAUAGGAGCUAUUACUAUUAAGUGCGCCCAUUUAGUAGACGUAUAUAGGUACAAGAUAUCUUAUGACGUACUUGUGGGUAUCAUAGAAUUUAUUGUGUUUAAAACGUGUCCGUUACUUUGAUCUAAGUCAAUUCGAUUUAUUUAAUAAAUUAAAUUAAUUAUGCAAUAUUUUGAACGAUCGA